AUGGCGAAAACAACAGAAGACACCGAAACAGAGACAGGAAGUUUGAAUGUGGGUGAUGAUGUGAUUGUCGAAGAUGCGUUCACAAUUCGUCGAAUGCAAUCGGAUGCAACCGUGAAGGUGGGACGAGACGAGUACAAAAUGCACAGAACCAUUGAGAAUCAACCGCAACAUUUCAAAUUCGAUAAUGAACUUACGUCGAAUACGGGCAAAAGUGCGAAAUCAACGCUGGAUUAUACGCACGUUGGUGGUAACAGGAAGCUGGAUGCG